AUGUAUGACACCAAGCAUGACCUCCUGAAACAUGACACCAAGCAUGACAUGGGCUUGGCGAAGAUCAGCCCCAACCAGCCAAAUCCAGGACUAGUUUGGUUGAAAGAUGAGUGCCUCAGAUCAGAUAAGGAGGCUGAGGUCCAAUCCCAGGGGCCACCUGACUCCAGCAAAAACCCCAACUUUGAAGGUCCUGAGCCUGUUAACCUCUCCCCUACUCUGCCUACAGGGAGCCAGCUGCUGGCCUGGGUGCUGUGGCUACAGGCAUGGAGAGUGGCAGCACCAUGCCCCAGAGCCUGUGUGUGCUACAAUGAGCCCAAGGUGACAACAAGCUGCCCACAGCAGGGCCUUCAGACCGUGCCCAUUGACAUCCCAGCCGCCAGCCAGCGUGUUUUCCUGCAUGGCAACCGCAUUGCACAUGUGCCAGCUGGGGGCUUCCGUGCCUGCCGCAACCUCACCAUCCUGUGGCUGCACUCAAAUGUGCUGGCCCGAAUCGAUGCUGCCGCCUUUGCUGGCCUGGCCCUCCUUGAGCAGCUGGACCUCAGUGACAACGCACAGCUACACGCUGUGGACCCUGCUACAUUCCGUGGCCUGGGCCGCCUGCACACACUGCAUCUGGACCGCUGUGGCCUGCAGGAGCUGGGCCCUGGGCUGUUCCAUGGCCUCACUGCCCUGCAGUACCUGUACCUGCAGGACAAUGGGCUGCAGGCUCUGCCUGACAACGCCUUUCGAGAUCUGGGCAACCUCACGCACCUCUUCCUGCAUGGCAACCGCAUCCUCAGUGUGCCUGAGCGCGCCUUCCGUGGCUUGCACAGCCUUGACCGCUUGCUGCUCCACCAGAACCGAGUGGCCCAUGUGCACCCACACGCCUUCCGUGACCUUGGCCGCCUCAUGACGCUCUACUUAUUUGCCAACAACCUCUCAGCACUGCCCUCAGAGGCCCUGGCACCGCUGCGCACUCUGCAGUACCUGCGGCUCAACGACAACCCUUGGGUAUGUGACUGCCGGGCACGCCCUCUCUGGGCCUGGCUACAACAGUUCCGUGGCUCCUCAUCGGAGGUGCCCUGCAGCCUACCCCUGCGCCUGGCUGGCCGUGACCUCAAGCGCCUGGCCGCCAGUGACCUGGAGGGCUGUGUGGUGGUUGCAGGGCCCUUCCGUCCCAUCCGGACGGGUGGGCCUGCUGAGGAGGUGUGGGGGCUGCCCAAGUGUUGCCAACCGGAUGCAGCAGACAAGGCCUCAGUGCUGGAAGGCAGGAGCCCAGCUUCAGCCGGCAACUCACUCAAGGGGCGUGUGCCAUCUGGUGACAGCCCACCCAGCAACGGCUCCGGCCCACGGCACAUCAAUGACUCUCCCUUUGGGACCUUGCCUGGCUCAGUUGAGCCCCCCCUGAGUGCUCUGCUGCCUGAGGGCUCCGAACCACCAGGCCCCCCCACCGUGGGCCCACGCAGGAGGCCAGGCUGUUCUCGCAAGAACCGCACCCGCAGCCAGUGCCGUCUAGGCCACGCAGGCAGCGGAGGCGGAGCGGCCAGCGACGCAGAGGGCUCCAGUGCCCUGCCUAGCCUCGCCUGCGGCUUCAUGCCCCUGGGCGUCUCGCUGGUGCUGUGGACGGUGCUCAGGCCCUGCUGACCAGCCAUCAAGAUCUCAGAGCCUUUGUCAGAGGCCAGGUGUGUGUACAUAUGAGGUCCCCUCCACACCACCAGCCAGCGUCGGGCAGCAGGCCCUGAUGGGCAGCCAGGCCCUCCCUGACUGACACCUCCUGCCUACCCCUCCCAUCUCCACCCCAUCAUGUUUACAGGGUGCGGUGGUAGCGUUUGUUCCAGAACGCAGCCUCCCGCUCGGAUCUCAAAAUAUAGAGAUAUGCAUUUUAUUUUACUUGUGUAAAAAAUAUUGGAUGACAUGGAAUA